CCCCCAUCGUUUCGUACACCUUUUCACAGAUGCAUUGCGUGUCCAUCCGGAAUUGGGUUACUGACAUCGAUACAAGUACAAUCUGAUUAGUGAUGAUAUAACGAUGACUAUCUAGCGGUCGUCGGUAUCUAGGUAGAGUUGAGUCCAUCACAUCAAUGGAAUUGCUCAUUGGCGAGCGCGAGACGGCUUCUGAACUGCGAAUCAGAUGUCUUCACAUUGCAAAUGUGACCCACUUAUGCGAUCAUUCAACAAGAGUCUUUUGGUCCAUUGAAUAUGACACUGUGCAACAGUCUCUCAGGAUCGAUCUGUUAAUCUACAUUGUUUCUCAACAUUCCAUCAUACUUUGUGCAUGACCGGCAGUUCAAGGUCGUUUAUUACUUUCCAACACCCCCAGAUCAACUUCUCUCAAUAUGCUUCGCACACCUGUUCCAGAGACCAUGUCGGGGAUACGAGCGCAUAUGUUGGCAUCAUCGAAUGCGGGUCAAGACGCAAAUUCCGACGUGUCAGCAAUAUUCGAUGAGCUCACUGUAGAACUACGAUCGCAACCAAAGAGCUCGAGCGAGAUAAGGCAAUCCGCUUAUUUGCAACACAAAGCGGACUUUCAAGAACUGGUCACCAAAGGCGCCAGGCUCUUUAAGCUGAUGAUCGCCGAAUCGACGAGCUCCGCACAAAGCAGCUUCACCGAUGUUGAAGACCUUCAAAAAUGGGGUUACGACACAUACAAUUACAACGAUGCGUCCGAGCUACGAGGUAUCGAUAGCGUUCUGGAUACCAUCGAGGUAAGUAAAAAAUCCACGCGAUUACUUAGCCCGAAUAUACCUGUCAGCCAUACACACAAGACACCGGUUGUUGUCGAAGGGAUGUUAUUUCCAGCGACCAACGCGCUCUUAUGCCAAGUCAUAAAUAUAUCAGAUGGGAUCAUAGUUGCUUACGACAAUUUUACCGCACAAGGCGUGAACGGGCGUAAAGGAUCGCGCGUGCCACCUCUAAACCACUGGUCAGAUAUAGCGUACCUCCAAUGGUUGUCCAAAGCCGAGCCGGAUUCCAACUUGCGUUUUGUACUUAGGUAUAAUGUGAUAAAUGAUGGGACUUGCUUUGCGUUGGACUUUAUGGAAUCGCACUGCGGUUUCGCAUUAACACAGUGGCCAGGAACGACGUAUUACCCAGGAUCUAACGAGUUCAAUGCGUUGUUAGGGUCGCCCAAUGGUCAAGGAUGUGGAGGAGACGUCACGUCACGACGCCUGUUCAUAAGCGACACUCAACAGUGCCAAAACAAAGGCUGA